CAGAGUUGUUUCAGUGAAGUCACUGACUUAAACUAAUGGGAAUUACUUUAAUACCGGUUUUAUACUCAUUAAAAUGAACAGGAAAUUGGUUAAUUCAAUAACUGUUUGAUAAGAGAGAAAAACGGCUGGUGUAAACAAGGCUAAGCUAAGUUAAGAUAAACUGGGUCAUUUUACUCCUGUUGGGUCUCUGAAGUUAUUGGAGUGUGUCGGUUAGUGGUCGCUAGGCAACAGCGGACGCCGAGCACAGGUUAGGACGCGGCUGAAGUGCAGAGGCAGGAGCUGAACAGUCUGAAGAUCGCCUGAGGAAAACUAGCUACCUGUGAGUCUACCUGUGGUUUAUUUCAAACCUGUUCUGAUGAAGCAGGUACCCAGCAGACCCCCCAGCGUGAGGCUUCUCACGCGGCCCUGUGAGACCAGAGCGGAAACGAGCAGAUGGCUGUGCAGAAACCUGAACCUGCCCUAUGAACGGGGUCCAUCUGAGGUUAAGAGUCUGACUGAGACAAACGAGCCUGGCUUCCUCAAAUUCAACCCACAGGCCCACCCUCCCGCUCACAGUGCCCCCCUGGCUCCUCUCAGAGACCUCGUUCCGCUGACAGAGCCCUGCUCCGGCCUGCUGAGCGCAGGAGCCCGGGCUGAUCUCAGACUCCCGGGAAAGACCAGGUUUAUAGACCGAGUUUAUACCCCGUCUGACCUGAGGACCCCCUCUGGAGCUAGAGACAGACCCCAGACUCCAACAGGAAGACCCUCAGCUGUUACAGAAGAUCUGUCCGAGGACAAGCGCUGGAACUCAAGAACUAGAUCAGAGCUAGCAAAGCUUCAAGACCAGGCAGCCAAUGAGGAAACUGAGCCAGAUUUCCCCAAAACUCCCUGGUCUGCCAAACCUCCUGAGAAGGAUGUACGCUCCUCUGUGCUUUCUGACUUUGUGAACACGGCAGCUCGGCGGUACAGCUACACAUCAGCGGCUCAAAGAGGUUAUGAGGAUGUAGACUGGGACUCUAAGUUGCCUCCUCGUUUCAAAGCACCCUUAAGCACUCUGGAGAAAAUGGCUGACCCUGUUAAUCAGCACUUCACUCUGAAGAGAUAUAACAGCCGACCUGAGCUAUGGCAGGCCAUUGGAACUUAUUGGAAUAAGCAUCAACUUCGUGCCACAUAUAAUGCGAAGAAACCUGUUAGUUUUACCAGCCCACAUCCAAAAUCAGGCCAAAUUCCUUUAUACUGUGGUGUGGUGGGCUCUGAGAAUAUGGACAACGUAGAUGACCCAGAUAAGGAUUUUAAACCUCUAACCGUGCUGCGCACCAUCUUGCCCCCUUACACUCCAACAGCCCAUCGUCCCACUAUACCUGGUUACACUGGUAAAGCUCUGCAUGCCAGGCCACACACCUCAGACAUCACACUGCCCUCUCGUCCAAUUCCAGGUUUAUGCAACAAGAUCCUCCAACGUGAUGCAGAUGAGCUUAGAAACAGCCUACCACCCUCUCACUCUCGCAGGCAACGGUAAAACGUCCUCAGCUUUCAGAAUGAGUAGGAAUGGGGCAUCUGCAGCACAAGCAGAGAGGAAGGGGGAGGAGGAGGUGUCUGAGAGAGGCACUGGAGGAAAACCAAACUCCUCACCCAGGGACUGGGUGGGUUUUUUUUGAAAACGUGUUUCCUAGCCGGGUCUCAGAAGAGCUGGUUUACCGGCUUUUGGAGCAGCCUUCUCCAGAUGGUCCUAUCCAGAGCUGAACUGUAUGAGUUGCUGGUGGUAAUCGUGGUUUUUCGCUCGACCCAGAUCCAUUUUCCUGGAGCCACUGGCCCUCUGAAAUCUGUUUCCUCUGCUGAUAAAGCAGGCCUCCCAUCUUUUCCUUAUAGCAGAGAGGAGGACCAGCUAGUACCUUAAGAACUUCCUCUAACUUUCAUCACCCUCUGAGUUUACACCAAGAAUUACUGUUAUUUUUUCAACAGCCGGUAGAAAUAAAAAAGAAUAAAAAAAGAUACAAACUGAUAUUUUUUUUACUCUAAAUACAGUCUAAAUAAUUAUAAAACAUAGACUGGUCUCAUUCUAUUGGUUGUCUGGUUAUUUGAUGAGUUGAUGAGCCUUAGACACAAUCCUGUUUCACCCCUUUCAACUACCACUUAGCCCUUCCCCUUUGUUUUGUGUAUUCACAACUAGAGGAAGGGUGUGCUGAUUCCUAUUGGAAUAAAGGGGUAGGUUGAUGUAUAAAGGGGUAGGUUGAUGUGUUGGGUUUACUUUGUCCCACAAAAGUACACAAUAUAUGAAGAAAUCAGACUUCAUUAGCAGAAAAACAGCGGAAAAAUGUAAAAAUAGACCUUAAAAAGAGAUAUGCCAGCAACAUUAACAUGGCUUUCUUUUCAAAACUAGCUAAAUAUUUAAUUUCCAUAAACACUAUAAAUGGACCUAAAAUACUGUUUAUUCAAAAGUUCUAUUUCACAAGUUUAUCACAAUUCCCUUGGUUCUCCAGUGAACAAAUAAAUUCAGUUCAAUGUGCAUUACUAUUAUCCUUCAAGCAACAAUAUUAAUAAAUUUAAACACAACUAUAGUUACUGAUAUUGUAAAUUGUCAUUCUGCCCAUCCCCUUUUUAAAGACGCCCUAAACUAAAAUAAAUUCCAGCCGCGAGGUUGCAUAACUUUAGCACUCCUCUGCUAUCACAAUAGAAUUGCAUUGUCGCCUACAGAGCAUGAUUGCAGCCUGGUACUGAUGCAGUGUUCUUAUUUAAUUAAUUUAUUUCUUUUUCAACAUAUCAGGUUCUUAGGUAUAGGAUUUUAACCACUUCCAAAGGAAAAAGUGACACUUAAAAAUAAGGGUGACACUUAAAAAUAAGGGUUAUGGGUACAAAUGACAAAUGGCAUUGGGUACUAGAAGUUCAGUUCCAGUAUUUCAAUGUCUAAUUAAAGCUAAUGUAUGUUU